AUGUUCCGUAAUAACUUGAAUAAAUUUGUUUAUAACAAUUAUAGGUGUUUUUCAACCAGUUCUAACUAUGACCUGGUCGUGCUCGGCGGAGGGCCGGGAGGAUACACAAUGGCCAUCAAAGCGGCUCAACAUAACCUCAAGGUGGCAGUGGUUGAGAAGAGAACCACCCUGGGAGGAACGUGCCUGAAUUGCGGCUGUAUUCCGUCCAAGUCCCUGCUGAACACGUCGCACCUUUUUGAGAAACUAAAACAUGGAGUCAAUGGAGUAACGACCUCCGGACUGCAAGUUGACGUGUCAAAAAUGAUGGCGGAGAAGGAGAAUGUGAUUAAGUCGCUGAAUACGGGAAUAUUCGGACUGUUCAAGAAGAACAAAGUGGAUUUUUUCAAUGGAACGGGAAAGUUUAAGGGCGGAAACCAUGUGGAAGUGGGUCAACAGGUGUUGACAGGCAAGAACCUGGUGAUAGCGACGGGCUCGGAAGUGACGCCGUUCCCACACGAGUCCCUGAAGGUGGAUGGAAAGUUCGUUAUUUCAUCGACGGAGGCACUCUGUCUCUCGCAGGUGCCAAAGAAGCUGCUGGUGAUAGGAGCAGGAGCAAUUGGCCUUGAGUUGGCCUCAGUCUGGAGUAGGUUGGGCUCGAGCGUGGAGAUUUUUGAGUUCAACCCGGUGGUCUGCUCAAUAAUGGAUGUGGAUGUUUCGAAUACAAUAAAGAAGGUGCUGGAGAAGCAGGGCGUGGUCAUACACACCAACGCCCAAGUGCUGAACGCAAAGGUGUCAAACAACACAGUGCUACUCAACGCAAAGGUGGGAGGGGAGGAUAAAACCUUCGUCGGGGACAAAGUGUUGGUGGCCAUGGGAAGGAGAGCUUACACGGAAGGGCUCGGGCUGGAUAAGCUGGGAGUAGCACUGGACAGAGGAAAGGUGCCAACCGACGGAAGUAUGCGAGUGCUUAGGAACAAGGACGACCCGAAGAGCGUGGCAGAAAACGUGUACGCAAUCGGAGAUGUAACCUACGGUCCAAUGCUGGCACACAAGGCGGAGGAGGACGGUUUAGUGGCGCUGGGCGACAUUCUGCAAAAGGACCUGGUCGACGCAGACCACGACCUCAUACCCUCAGUGAUAUACACGGACCCCGAGAUAUCAGGGCUGGGAGUGACUGAGCAGUACCUGACGAGCAACAAGAUGCCGUACAAAAAGAGCCUCUUCCCGUUCGCGGCGAACAGCAGAGCGAAAAUAUACGGCGAGACUGACGGGUUCGUGAAGUUGCUGGCUGACGAGGCCAACAGGCUGCUGGGAGCGUGGCUGGUAGGGCCUCACGCGUCAGAGAUGGUUCACCAGCUGGCUCUGGCGAUAAAGUACGGGGCAACGUCCGAGGACGUGGCGAGGGUGUGUUUUGCGCACCCGUCGCUGUCGGAGGCCGUGAAGGAGAGUGCUCUGGGAAUCCACUUCAAGCCCUUACACUUUUAA